UCAUUUUCCUUCUUUCUUCCCUCCUAAUCUUUUGGCUAAACGUCAAGGAUUUUCUCUCUUUUCAGCUCUCCUUAUUUAAAGAGCAGAUAGCAACCCCGUUAGCCCCCCUUCAUUCUACUCUUCCCAGACAAGCCCGUGACAGCAUCAACUGAUCCCACCCCUCCAACCCCUCGAACAUCCUGAGACUCAGCAGCCCAGUUCAUCCGAUCACACGCGCGAGCUCCGAACUCACGAGAGGCUCGAAAGGCACGCCGGAAAGCGAGACGACCUCACGAGCGGGGGCAGUUCACAAGAAAGGGUCGAGGACAACCAAUGGAAGGGCAGAUGAAAAGCGGGAGCAGCGGGGAGGUUCUGGACGGUUCCAACAUAAUGAAGUUGGUUGAGAACGAGGAGGUUUUCGCCAACUUCGUGGAUCAUAAGUUUGAGCAGCUGGACCUCGACCACGACGGCCAACUCUCAGUCAAGGAGCUCGAGCCCGCCGUCGCCGACAUUGGUGCCGCCCUUGGCUUGCCUGCGCAGGGCUCUUCCGAGGAUUCCGAUCACAUUUACUCCGAGGUUCUGAAUGAGUUCACCCAUGGAAAACAAGAGAAAGUGAACAAGACUGAGUUUAAGGAGGUGCUAUCUGACAUUCUGGUGGGCAUGGCGGCUGGCUUGAAGAGAGACCCUAUUGUUAUCCUCCGCAUUGAUGGGGAGGACCUCUUAGAGUUUGUCAACGGCCCGAGUUUUGAGUCGGAAAUGGUCUCUAUAUACUCGCAGAUAGAAGUGCCCGAUGGAUCAGUUAGAGAUUGCAUUGUCAAGGCCUUGGAGAAAUUAACAGUCGAACAAGGGAUGCCCCCGUGUUGGGACGCUUGGGUCGUGAGCAACAUUGUGGAACCAGCUUUGCAGUCUGGAGCAGAUAAUAAUUUAGACAAGCCUGUAUCUGAAGAGACAUUCUUGGUGGAAUUCAAGAAAGUAGCAGAGAGAGUGGCUCAACAUCUUAAGGAGCAGCCUGUGAUCGUCGCUCACAGCGAGAAUACCUUUGAUGGAAGUGGAAUUAAGAGACUGUUGUCGAACAAAUUCGAAUUAGACAAGGCGUUAAAUGCAGCCAUAGAGAAUGUGCCAAAAGAUAAACAUGGGAAGAUCUCAAAGGAGUAUCUGCGCGUGGCAUUGGAUGCAUUGGCCCCUUCAGCUGGGUUACCUCCAUUCGGGGCAGUUGAUCAGAUGGACGCUAUCAUGAAUGAAGCAUUCAAGAUGAUGGACGCGGACGACGGGAAGAUUGUGAAGGAAGAAGAGUUCAAGAAGAUACUCACGGAGAUACUGGGGAGCGCCAUGCUGCAACUAGAGGCCAAUCCCGUCUUGGUCUCAUCGAAUUCUGUCGUGCACGAGCCCCGCGAUUCUUCCUCGUCACUUCUGCAGGCGUCUCCCUAGGUUGUCAGGUCUCUUAUAUAUAGAGGAAGAAAAAGGGAUGGAGAAGCGGCAGCGUGAUGCUAUUAACGUAUGUGUGUUGACGUAAAUAACGUACUCUUGUAGUCUGUGUUAUCGUGCUAAUGAAGUUCCUGUCUGGAAAAGAGGAUAACUCGUCUUAGAAAACAUCAGUUAUUUCACUUGCUUCAAGAAUCAGCCCAGUAGGAGAAAGUGGAUAGGAACAUGCAACUUGCAUCAGUGCUCAUGUUCAAAUCAUGUUUUCCGAUGUGUCUUUUUCAGACCCAUCAAUGAAGUUGCGACGAUAUGCCA